GCGGAGCCAAUGGUCGGCGGGGGGCGGGGCGCGCGGGGGUGACCGGGCGGGGCGGGCGGACGUGGCCCCGAGCGCUCGCGGCCAUGACGCGCGGGAACCAGCGCGAGCUGGCGCGGCAGAAGAACCUGAAGAAGCAGACCGACCACGUGAAGGGCAAGCGGCGGGACGACGGGCUCUCGGCCGCCGCCCGCAAGCAGAGGGACUCGGAGAUCAUGCAGCAGAAGCAGAAGAAGGCGGAGGGGAAGAAGGACGAGGGCCCCAAGUAGCCGGGACCGGCCCCGCUGACCCGCGCUGCCGGGAGGACGCAGCCCGCAGCCCCGAUGGCGUCGCCCCGGCCCCGAGCCUGCUGCCGGGCCGCGGCCGCAUCCCCGCCCCGCUGCGCCCCGCUCUAUUAAAGUAGCUUUUGGA